AGACUGGCAUCUGAUCCAGGUUUAGAACCCUGUCCGGACUUUCCCUCCAACAUUUAUCAAGCUAUCCGCGCUCGAUUUGUUAAUCAGAACAACGACAACGCUCAAGUUGUCGAAAUUUUGCAGGCUGUGUGGGCAGUUACCAACAAUACCCGUAAAGUCCAGUGGCAGCGGCAACUUCAGGAAGACCAAGCCGCCGUCACGAAACAGCAGGGCCUCUUCCACGAAGAGAUCAAGUGUCAACUCCAAGCCUCGCUUCUCGAGGAAGAUCGGAAGCGAAAUCCUCUCAAAUACAUUCCCAUUCCCGACCGUCCGCGCCCGUACAAUAUACACCACGUCCUCAUUUCUGAUUUUGCCUUCCAAAGGGUCGUUGAAGGCCAGUAUGUGGAACUUUACUACUGGACUGGUAGGGGUCUCCGGGCAGAUCCACGAUUAAAUUAUCCCACCGCCGCCGACGAAGGGAUGGGGCGUUCUGCAAGCCCUGGGAGCUUUACUACAGCGGGUGCCGCUCAUGAUGCUAGCGUCAUUCCCGACCAUAGCCUCACCAUCAUGGAAUUCGCUCAGGCUGUCCCUCGCGCACUCGAGUUGUUCCAACAAUGUGGUUGGGCAGCCCAGCGUAUCCAGAUGCUUACAGCUUUCUGGCAAGCGAUAAUGUGUCAUCAGUACUGGAAUUCCACCGACCCUCUUGAAGAGCGCGCAUUGCUCGUUUACCAGGAUAAGCAGCGGCGGGCGUGGCACAAAGCCAUUCCCCUCACCGACGGG